AUGGGUCCAAUCUGCAAUCCGAAAAUCCCUGGUGCGUUCGAGAUUCCUUCAGGAAUCUACCCCGGCCGCAUCAUCAGGGUGAAGGGCGCAACCCCCUCUUGCGCAAAAAGUUUCGCUAUAAACCUGCAAUGUGGUCCGAAGCUCUACCCUGGUGACGACAUCGCCUUCCAUUUCAACCCUCGCUUCACCCAGAAGUGUCUGGUUCGGAACCACUACGCUUCAGACACGUGGGGAGUUGAGGAGAUCACCAAGAGCUUACCAAUCGAGGCUGGUGAUUCGUUCGAAGCACUUAUCUACUGCUACUAUAACUUUUUUAAAGUGGACAUAAACGGAAAAUUUGUCUGCGAAUUCAAGCACCGCAUCUCGUACCGCAAGAUCACACACAUCGUGUUAGAUGGUGACAUCACUGUAGAGGAGCUUGAGUUCGCUGGAGGUAGCCCGCCACACGACUCGAACCUGAUAAUACCAUGCGUGCUUCCUAUUCCGAAGGGUAUGCACCCUGGUCGCAGGAUUAGAGUGAGGGGAGCUACCCCUGUUGGAGUAAAGAGGUUCUCGAUAAACCUCCAAUGUGGUCCGAAACUGUAUCCUGAGGAAGAUAUAGCCUUCCACUUUAACCCUCUCUUCGAUAGCAAGACCUUAGUACGGAACCACUUCGCUGGUGGCAAGUGGGGCGAUGCGGAAUCUGAAGGGAACCUGCCAUUAAGCAGUGGGGACUCCUUUGAAGUAUUCUUCCAUUGUUAUGAACAUUCUUAUAAGGUGUCGCUAAAUGGAAAACAUCUCUGCAACUUCUACCACCGUAUCUCAGUCGAAAAAAUCACCCACAUCAUGGUGGACGGUGACGUCAUGGUAUUCCAGAUUGAUUUCGACCCGUGUGAGGACCCGUGUGCACCACUAAAGCUCGGUUAA